UGCGCAUGCGUUUUGCGCAUGAUUAAUAUAAUAAAUGUAAAACGCAUAAAUCUACGAACAUUAAUUCGCGUUCAUUGUAUAAUGUUUGGCAAAUAAUCGCAUUAAAAAUGACAAUUUUUUUGAACUUACGUUUAUUUAUAAGUAUUUUAAUUUUAAGGGAAGCUUGCACAACAAAUUCAGAAGAGAAAGUGACAAUGGCAAACCAAUAUCUCCUAAGUGAUGAGUACAUUGUACAAUUUAGCAGAGGCCUGAGCAGAGGUCCUUAUUUUGAUACGUCUGCAACAAAAAAUGUUACUUCUUUAGUUGGAAAAACAGGUCAUCUGAACUGUCGCAUAAAAAAUCUUGGAAACAAAACGGUGUCAUGGAUACGCCAUAGAGACUUACACCUACUAACUGUUUCUGAGAGCACAUAUACUUCGGAUCAGAGAUUUACUUCAAUUUACAACAAGCAAACUGGAGAUUGGUCCUUACAGAUAAAGUUUCCUCAACUAAGGGAUUCGGGAAUCUACGAAUGUCAAGUGUCAACAACACCGCCAGUUGGGUAUACCAUGAUAUUUUCAGUUGUAGAGCCUAUCACAAGUAUUCCUGGAGGCCCAGAGAUUUACAUCGAUUUGGGGUCAACGGUUAAUUUAACUUGCGUGAUCAAACAUCUGCCUGACCCACCCACCUCAGUGCAUUGGACUCAUAACAAUCAGCUGUGCCUCUCUUAGGUCUUAUUGGUUUGUCUCCCUCGCCAUCGUCAAACUCUUCAAUCAACUCAAUAGGCUCCCGCUCAUCAGGUAGACUGCGUACACUAUCAUGUGGAUACUUAUACACCCGCUUUGUAGUUAAUGACUUCAACAAAUAUCGAUCACCAUCAAGCAAUUCUACAAUAACAAAUGGUCCUUUAAAUUUUGGAUCUAAUUAAGUUUGGUGUCGCUCUUCACUUUUCAAUAAAACAUGAUCGCCAACCUUGUGUUUUACAACUUGGGCAUGCUUAUUAUUAACUCUUUCUUUCUCAUACAUUGCAUUCUUAUCAAUGUUGUUCUUAGCAUUUUCUCUAGCUUUCUCGAGAUCAAUUCGCAUGUCUUCAUUGAUGGUCAACAUUCCCAUUGGCCUCGCCUCUUUCCCUAUCAACAUUUCUAGAGCACUAUGUUAACUCACUCGGUUUGUGGUGCAAUUUAUUGCUAAUUGAAUUUCGCCUAACGCCUCCUGCCACGAACGCUCGCUAGUCUCCACCGCCGUUAACAUGCCUUUAAGCACACUCAUCACCCGCUCUACCUGCCCAUUUGCUCUGCUUGCACCUGUCGCUAUCACAUGUAAAUCUAUUUUAUUCGCGGAACAAAACUUACGAUACUCGCUACUUCUGAAGCAUCUUCCCUGAUCAGCUAUAAUCCUGUUGGGAACACCAAAUAUCGAUAUCGCGGAAAUCACAGACUGUAUGCAACUUGCAGUAUCUACAUUCCAUGUAUGGUACAAGUAGACAAACUUUGUGAAUGCGUCGAUUCUCAUCCUUUUUUCCACUUAAUUUACCACUUAUGUCGAUAUAUAAAGUAUGCCACGGUAUCUCGACUUUGGGUAUGAGGUGCAAUUCGAAUUGUGUUUUACCUGACGCUGAUUUACACGUCACAAUUUACACGUCACGCAAUUUUCAACAAACUUUCUAACAUAUUUCGACAUGUUCUCAAACCAGUACUGCUCGUAGACCUUAUCUAGAGUUUUUUUUGCCAGACUAAAUGCAUUAUAGCUUCGUGAAUGUAGUUAAUAACAGACCAUCUGAACGCCCUCGGGACAACGGGCAAACAUAGAGUCUUGCCAUUUCUUUGAACAUUGCGAUGCAACAAACUUUUUCUAAUUUCGUAGGUGUUCGCUAGCUCUUUCUGCAUUUCAUCACUAUUCAAUUCGGUCAUAAUUCUGGAUAUAUUUUGAUCACGCUGCUGUUCAGAUACAAGCCAGUUGUGAGUGAUAGUUGCCAAGUCAAUUCGUACUUCCACAACUUUGCUUGCAGUUGCCUGCGCAACAACUUCGAUGGAAUUUCUUGAUAAGCAAUCAAGAUGAGCCAUUUGGCUCAUUUUCUACCGCUUAGGUAAUGCCGGAAGUGUUUAAUAGCAUUUUACACCGCCAAUGUUUCGAGCUCGUAUGAGUGGUAUUUGGAUUCUGCCAAUGUGGUGCAUUUAGUAUUGUAGUAUUCGACUACCCUACGCUUGCCAUCCACCUUGAGU